CGGAAAGAAAGAAGCAUGGAGACAGGCGAUGGGAGUUUGUGCGCUGAAUGUCACCGAUAGAUAGUAACUACAACUCUGCGUUAUCUAACUUCCAUAUUCAAGUAUUUCAGUCACCACCAGAACGUUUGCCUUGAGUGAAUCUCACGUGAGAUUCGCCUUUUGAUGGUAACAUUGGUAACAAACGAUGGUAACAUUUCACAUGGACAGCUGUAGUUGUUAUAGCUUCUACCGAGAAUAGGGUCUACACAUAACCUAGCUAUCUAUCUACAUACAAUGGGCAGAACCUAUCAGCUAUGCAACAUUUGUUGUGAUUUGCUUUGAAUCAUAAUGUUGCCAUGCUCUUGGGGAUUGUGGAGAAGCGCUAUUCACACCCUCAAGACAUUCAGCAGAGCAUCUCCAUCAGCGAGGGGCCUGUGUAUCCCGACCAGAGCGGUAUGUGAUGCUGAGACCAUAUUUGCCCUGUCGUCAGGCCACGGCAGGUGUGGUGUGGCGGUGGUCCGUGUCAGUGGUCCUGCCUCCUCCAUGGUCCUGAGAAACAUGGCAGGUCUGACCCAGGCUCUACCCCCUCCUCGUACCGCCCUGCUACGGAGGAUCACUGACCCCCAGUCCAAAGAGCUGCUGGACCGAGGACUGGUCCUCUGGUUCAAAGGUCCCCACAGCUUCACAGGGGAAGACAGUGCAGAGUUUCAUAUUCACGGAGGUCCUGCAGUCAUCACAGCUGUCUUACAAGCUCUAGGAAGCCUGGAGGGUGUGAGGCCUGCGGAGGCAGGGGAGUUCACGCGGAGGGCCUUCCACGCAGGGAAACUGGGCUUGACGGAGGUGGAGGGCCUGGGGGACCUGAUCCACGCUGAAACUGAGGCCCAGAGGAGGCAGGCCCUCAGGCAGAUGGAUGGGGAGCUGGGCCGCCUCUACCAGGACUGGAGUUACAGGCUCAAACGGUGUUUGGCUCACGUGGAAGCCUUCAUAGACUUCAGUGAAGAUGAGCUCAUCGAGGACGGGGUGUUAAAUCAAGUGGACAGUUCAGUGCGCCAGCUGGAGACAGAGAUAGAGAGACACCUAAAGGACGAGAGGAGAGGAGAGCGGCUGCGCACCGGAGUACAGGUGGUGAUAGCAGGAGCUACCAAUGCUGGGAAGAGCAGUCUGCUCAACACGCUCUGCCAGCGUCCAGCAGCCAUCGUGUCCCCCAUCGCGGGCACCACCAGGGACAUUGUGGAAACCUCUCUGGACAUUGGGGGCUUCCCUGUCCUCCUGAGUGACACCGCAGGGCUCAGAGACUCCUCAGACAGCGUGGAGAGAGAGGGGGUCCGUAGAGCACGCCAGAGGGUGGAGCAGGCUGAUCUGACCCUAGUAGUGGUGGACUCCACCCAGCUACCCCCAGACCCUCAGCUAGUACCAGCCUUCCUCCAGGAGCACCUCAGCACUGUGCUGCCCAGCCCUGAGGCCGGCAUGAAGGCUGCCUCAGACAGGGUCCUGCUGGUGCUCAACAAGAGUGAUCUGGUACCUGAGGAGCAGAGGGAAAGAACAGAGGGAGAGCUGAGAGAGAGACCGGGUCUCCCUCCUGCAUGUUUUCUGUCCUGCUCUACCAGUACAGGGCUGGAGGAUUUCCUCACUGUGCUGCAGAGCAGGGUCAAGACUCUGUGUGGUGACCCUCUGAGCGGAGCUCCCAGUCUGACCCAGGCCCGUCACAGAGCCCACCUCCAGCAAAGUGUCCAGGCCCUGAACCAGUACCACCAGUACAGAGACCAAGACCUGGCCCUGGCCGCAGAGGGGGUCCGCCUCGCCCUCACCCACCUGGGACGCAUUACAGGACGGGUCGGAGCCGAGGAGAUCCUGGACAUCAUAUUCAGAGACUUCUGUAUAGGGAAAUAAAUGGUUGAACGUGGAUACAUCUCAUGCAGAAAGGACACUCUCACACUAGAUCACGUGACAGGGUGGAACACUAACACAGACUUUAAGUGUAGUUAUUCUAGCAAUAUACCAAAAUGUAAGUAGUGUAUUUCAUUGUUUGUCCUGAUCAUUUGAACUGGUGGAUCUCAACUCUAGCCAGACUGAAGAAGUGUAAACAUCUUAGCAGAUCAUCUGUGACUCUCUACUGAGUCACUGUUUGAGUCAUCAUCGCUCUGUGUUCUGUGGGAAAUAAACGGUUUGGUAGGCGAUCA